AUGGAAAAUCUAAACAAACGCUUACAAUCAACAACUGAAAAGUGCGAUACUGUUAAUAAUUCUUCUCUUACUGUGCAAUCUUCUGGUGCUACUGUAAACAGUACGCAUGAAAGCAGUACAAGUACAAGUGCUAACAGUAGUAUUUCUUUCGAUCAUUCUGUAGGCUUAACUCGAACUGAAUUGUCUACUGCUCUCGAAAUUCAAAUUCCAUUGGUACUAAAUGCGCAUGGUAUUAAGUGUACAAGUAAAGCACAUCGCAAUAAGCCUUGCAAUUGCACAUUAGUACAAAAUGAAAUGUUAUUAUUUAAAGAAUACAAUGGUACUAAGGUCUGA